UGGAUAGGUAGAAAAUCUUUCGCAGGUGUUUCCUUUGAAAGCUCCUGGGAUUUAUACUUAAAUUGGUUUCUACGAUUUAUUUUCAGACCAGCCCAUAGUGGCUUAACUUAAAAUGUUUGAGAUUUUACGAAUCCGUGCGUAAUUUACUUGGAAAACCUCUCCUGUCGCCUACCUGAGAUUGAAGCAAAGUGAAAGUCAAACUAUGCCUUCAGUUGAAACUCCACCAGGUGUUUUCCGAAUUUCUAUUCGGGGUUUUCUCGUCUUUUUCACUCUUAGCGUCUGUUUGGUUGCUGGACAGACACCAAAAUAUUUACUGCAGGGGCAAACGGUCAGCUUUGUUACUGACAUCAGAGAACCACCUAAUGAAAUAUUGUGGAAGCAUGAUGGAAAUAAAGUAGUGGAGUUUGAUGGCAGCGAGCAGAAAGCCUUUGGGUCAUAUGAACACCGAGUCACUCUUGACUGGCAUUCUGCAGAUCUAACCAUAAGCAACCUCAGAUAUGAAGACAGUGGACUGUAUGAGCUGGAGACUUACAUUAACAACAAACUGGACCGCAAACAGUAUCAACUGGAAGUCAUUGAUAAAGUGGCCAAGCCUGAAAUAUCCUGCAAAAUAAUAAAUGCAACCAGUCCUGAUAAAUCUGGGAGCAAGGCCACUUUGACAUGCUCUUCAAAAUCCCAUGAUCCUCAGUCUUUAUUGACAUUUCAGUGGAGCUCUGCAACAAACUCACACCAUGUACCAGAGAUAAUAAUAUCCCUCGGAGAUGUUAAUGAUGAUCACAUCUACAAUUGUACUGUAAGCAACCCACUUUCUAAAGAAUCUGCAGUGUUUCAGGCAAAGGACUGCUACCCUGCCUCCUGCAGCCCUGAUAGAAGCAUCUAUCUCAAUCUGCCAAUCCUGAUUGGCCGGUGGAAGUGCCCGUCAUACGCCACGCCCCGUAGCUCCGACUACUAA